UCUCCCUUCCCCUGCAGCGAUCAAUGCGGCCUCAGCCGCGAGGGACAGAGGAACACGAGGAAGGCGGGGGCUGCGGGGCCUCCACAGCAGCGAGGCGCGGCCAGGCCGCAGUGGCAGACUAGCCCAGCCGCGGCCAGCGCUUCCCCAGCCUCAGCGCCUUUGGGGACAGACGUGCAAGCAAGCGCGCCCAGGAGGAGCCCAGGCAGGUGGCAAGCAUUACACGCUCCAUUUGAAGUGAAGAAAACUGAGAUUCAGAGUGCUGGCAUGUCCAAGACGCCACAGUAGGUCUCUGAUGUACCUAAACCCCUGUUUGUCUGUGAAAAGGUGACGUCCCACAUGAGCACCCAGCAGAUCUCAAGCCGUCCUGACCCUCUCACCCUCUCAUAACCUUGCCAGGUGUCUGCAAGAGGUCCACUGUAGCCAUGGUGAGGGAGACCUCGGGGCCGCGAGUCGGGGCCCCCUGGCGGCGAAAGGACGAGGCGCUGCGCGUGAACGUGGGCGGCGUGCGACGUCUGUUGAGCGCGCACGCACUGGCGCGCUUCCCGGGGACGCGGCUGGGCCGCUUGCGCGCCGCGGCGUCGGAAGAGCAGGCGCGGCGCCUGUGCGACGACUACGACGCGGCGGCGCGCGAGUUCUACUUCGACCGGCACCCGGGUUUCUUCCUGGUCCUGCUACAUUUCUACCGCACCGGCCGUCUGCACGUCCUCGACGAGCUGUGCGUCUUUGCCUUCUGCCAGGAGGCCGACUAUUGGGGCCUGGGGGAGAACGCGCUGGCCACGUGCUGCCGCGCGCGCUACCUGGAGCGGCGCGUGGCGCGGCCGCGAGCCUGGGACGAGGACAGCGACACGCCGAGCAGCGUGGAUCCGUGCCCCGAUGAGAUCUCAGACGUGCAGCGAGAGCUGGCGCGCUACGGGGCUGCGCGCUGUGGCCGCCUGCGUCGCCGCCUCUGGCUCACCAUGGAGAACCCGGGCUACUCGCUGCCCAGCAAGCUUUUCAGCUGCGUCUCCAUCGGCGUGGUGCUCGCCUCGAUCGCUGCCAUGUGCAUCCACAGCCUGCCGGAGUACCAGGCCCGCGAAGCGGCGGCCGCUGUAGCUGCUGUGGCCGCGGGCCGCAGCGUCGAUGACACGCGCGAUGACCCCGUGCUGCGACGCCUGGAGUACUUUUGCAUCGCCUGGUUCAGCUUCGAGGUGUCGUCACGCCUCCUGCUGGCACCCAGCACGCGCAACUUCUUCUGCCAUCCGCUCAACCUCAUCGACAUUGUGUCGGUGUUACCCUUCUAUCUUACACUGUUGGCGGGCGCAGCGCUGGGGGACCGGGACGGCGGGAGCGGCGAGGAGCUGGGCGACCUGGGCAAGGUGGUGCAGGUGUUCCGCCUCAUGAGAAUCUUCCGCGUGCUCAAGUUGGCGCGCCAUUCCACCGGACUGCGCUCCCUGGGUGCCACGCUCAAGCACAGCUACCGUGAGGUGGGCAUCUUGCUGCUGUACCUGGCCGUGGGUGUAUCGGUGUUUUCCGGUGUGGCCUACACAGCUGAAGAGCAGAACAUAGGUUUCCACACCAUCCCAGCCUGCUGGUGGUGGGGCACCGUGAGCAUGACCACUGUGGGCUACGGGGAUGUGGUGCCGGAGACAGUGGCCGGCAAGCUGGCAGCCUCUGGCUGCAUCCUAGGCGGCAUUCUGGUGGUGGCACUGCCCAUCACCAUCAUCUUCAACAAAUUCUCUCAUUUCUACCGGCGGCAGAAGGCUCUGGAGGCGGCUGUGCGCAACAGUGGCCACCGAGAGUUUGAGGACUUGCUGAGCAGCGUUGAUGGAGUGUCAGAGGCAUCUCUGGAGACAUCCCGAGACACCUCUCAGGAGGCACGGUCUGUAGACCUGGAGACUCAGGCCCAGGGUGAGCCUCCCAAUGCUCAGAGUUAUUAAAACUAGGUCUUUGCAUCGCCUUCUACCCCAAGUCAGCUGAAACAGAGCAGAUCCCUCACCUGCUUGAGCUCUCAUGGGAGUGAUCCUCUUGGGACCAUUCUCACUGGCCUGAGAAAUGAGACCCAAGGGGCCACACACCUUCCUCCAAAAGCCCAGAGCAGAGACUGCUGCAUCAUAUUCUGUGAGUCCACAGAACAACUCAGACAGUUUUCUUAACCAAUCUCCAAGCUACUCAUGCAGCAGACAUGAGCCAGAGGGAGAAAGAAGAAGGAUGCUGAUGAUUCUGAGCACCUUCUGUGCAUUGGCUGUCUUUGGCCCUGUGUUGGAAGAUGAGAAUCAUCUGCCUUUUCAAGCCAGGCACAGUGGCACACAAUUGUAAUCCAACAUUUGAGAACUGAAAUAGGGCUGCAAGUUCAUAGCAAACCUGGGAAACUCAGUGAGACCCUGUCUUGAAAUAAAAUUUGUAAAAAGGACUGGAGAUGCACUCAAUAGCAGAGUGCUUGUCUAGUAUAUAAAAGGCCUGGUUUCAACUCUCAGUACCAAAAGAAAAAAAAAAACGGUAUCCUCAAUUCACAGAUGUGAAAACUGAAGCUCUGAAACGAUAAGGUACCCAGACAUCUCAGGACAAGAAGUGGUAGAAGGCUGGGGAUAUAGUUCAGUGGCACAGUGCAUACCUGGCAAGUGUGAGGUUAUGAAUUCAAUUCCCAAUACCAAAGGAAAAAAAAAAACAAUAACAACAACAAAAACCCAUGGUAAAAUCAGGUCUGGAAUCCAUGGUUGUGGUUUGCUAAAAUACAUUCCAUCCACUGUCUUUCCUACCUUCACACAGUUUGCAUAUGAUUUUAGCAGUGUGUAGAUCCACAAACCUGAUCCAUGGAGUGAGAACCUCUGUCAGAAUAAGGGAGAGGAACAAACAAGAUUCAAACAUAAGCGCUCUGGACCUUAGCCCUGGUUGUUUUCUAGGUAAUUCUGGAAGGAGUCAAAGAUGAGUCUGGGAGGAUGGAAAAGGAAGCAGUCACCUUAGUUCAUGUGCAGAAUUUCUUGAGCUGAAAUCUUCUGCACCUUCAUCCUAAGGCUGAGUGGAGAUACACAAAAUCUGAAGGGGCCUCGGCCUGAGGUCCAGACACAGUUCUGGAUCUGCCUAUGUGAAGUAGCCAACCCCUAACCCAUCCCCAGAGCUCAACCCACCUACUACAUGGUCACAAUCUGUGCUCCAGAAGGAGGUGGAAAAGCCAAAUAGGGCAGAGGAGGCACUGACUUAAAGACAGCUCAGCUCUGAAAUGCUAGUGGCAGGGGCUGCCAUCCAUGUGCUCCCCUUCUGGCAGUCCCCUUCUACUCACCACACAGACCACCACCCCUAUCUUCCGCAGCCAUCCAUCCAGGCAAAUGCUGGAGACUCCUAUCCCUCUUGGCAAACUCUGGCCCUGCCGUCUAUACUGCCAGUAAAUCUUUAAUACUCCUCUGCUAAAAGCUUCUGUUCAUGUGCUCAAAAAGUCAGGAAGGGUCCAUGGUCCUUUCCACAUACCAUGGCUGGAGCAUCCAUGACCAAUGUCAUUGUGACCAGAUAUGACUUAGUUGUCCCAUCACACUGAGCUUUGAAAUGGAAGACAUUGGCUGACUGAUCCUUAUGCUUAGAGCAAAGUAGGUAUUUACUACAUUUUGAGUUAGACUGACCAAUUCCUAUAGUCUACUGUGUGCCAAGCACCAAAAGGAAAGAAGAAAUGCCGAGUGAGAAACUGAACAAGCCCUCUGACUCUCCUGGACCCCGCUUAAUUUUUGAGCUUUUGCAGUGGCUCCAUUGUAGGUUCUUCACUCAUUCAAAAUAUCUCUGUUGGAAGAGUUGUAAAAAGCUGGGACCUAACAUGUGGCCUGCAGACAUGUUUCAUUUAGCUGAAUGGUAAUUUUAGAAUACUUUUAAACUGGGACUGACUUUAAGACAUGCAGUCUCCAGUUCCGCAUACCAUCCCCCAUCCCAUACACACACAUACACAUGUGCUGCAGCUACCGUGUUAUGACCAAUGUCAUAGAUUUACUUUAUACACUCAGCCUCUGAUUUAUUGACAGCUUACUAGCUUCAAACAAUACAAUGGACAAAAUAUGUAUCGGUAUUCAUUAAGCUCCUCAGACUAGUAAAGAAGACAGACUCUAAUGCAAGAAUUCCAGGUGCAUAUAAUAAUGAACUCUAUUAAGUGCAAGGAGCUAACUAUAAGCAUGUAUAAUGUACCAGGAACCGUUCCCUAAGAUCAGAGAUGGCUUUCAUGAGCAAGUGACCUCAUAAAGGCAAAUAGCCAAGAAGGUAAAGGGGGUUCCAGGAGCAGUAUUUCGAGCAUUAGCAGAAGUAUAUGUGAAAGUCUUGUGUUUGACAACACUAUUACAGCAAAGGCAAACCUUUUAGAGCCUUCAGUGAUAACAGCCUACUGAAGCGUACAUGCCAUGGGUUCACCACUAUUUCUACUAGGUAGCGGGCCCCAACAUGGUUGGAUUCCAAGACCCCAGAUUGGAGCAGCAGCAGGAGUUAAGCCAAACGGACUCUCAGGAACUUAGCACACUCACCCCUGAAUGUCUGGGCCAGCUGUGCACAGCUUUGGGGCAGACUUUCCAGGUGUGCAUGUAUCACUCCUAUUAUGUUACCUAAAACACAAAACCAGCUGGUUUCCAGACUUUCUGACCUCAAAACAAGCCCCCAAAGUUGGUGUGGUGACACCUCAGGGGAGACUCCUCUGGCAUGAGUCCACCAAAAGGUUAUGCAUGGUCCUGAAAGAAAUGCAGAAAUCACUCCCACUCCAGUGUAUCACUGAAAACCAUUAUGCAAAUAAAAAUGUGUGCCUCAAAA